GUCAGAUUUUUAUGUGCCAGUGUAUUGUGCGUGGAUCAAGUAAAAUUUUAAUAAAUAAUUUAUUAUUUUUCUGAAUAAAAAAAGUGUUUCUGAAUACCAGUGAUGGCUGGAAAGCUGAAUAAAUUUGAAACACCCAGCUCUGCUAGUUCUGAUAGGUAAUGCAAGUGUGAUAACCUCAUGAAAUGUUUGUUUGACCAGCUGUGUCGUGUCAAUUUGAACGAGUUGUAUAAGUAAAAUUUUCAGUGCUGCUUUAGUCAUCAUCGGGUUAUUGAGCUGAUCUCAUGUGCGGUGCUUUAGUGUUGAAAUAGUUAACCGUAUCUAAUGCUACCUGUAAAAUAACCUCUUCACUCACGCACUCUAGUUUAUUUUUAGACAUUUAUUUAGUACAUUGGCAAGUAGUAUCGAGUUGAAUGGUUGCGGUGUGAGUGAGUAAAACACGUGUUCGAACGGGAUUUUGUUUUGAAACACGUUGCCGCCUAUGAAAAAGUUAUAAGAAAAUUUUGAAGAUGGACACAGGGUCACUGAUCUUCCCAAAUCCCGACACUGAACUGGCGCUGGAGUUGAGCGAGCAGGUUUUCCUUGACGACGAUGACUUCUCGACGCGGGCACCAGCCUCGCCUAUCACAGUGCCAGAUGUGCGACCCUACCGCCCGCCUUCCACAGGAUCGAACAUACUGAAGUCGCCGCGUGCCCGUCGCGUGCGCACCACCUCCAUGUCGCAGUCUAACAAACGCACCGCCGCCGAGAGCAUCUUACACGCUGACCGCCGCACGAUCUAUACUGCAGGCCGCCCGCCCUGGUACAACUGUACGGGCGGGCAGGAGGUCGAGCCCUUUCUGAUCGGUAUAUGCGGCGCGAGCGCGUCCGGCAAGACCACGGUGGCCGCCAAAAUUAUCGAAGCCCUAAACAUACCGUGGGUCACUAUUGUCAGUAUGGACUCCUUCUACAAGGUGUUGAACGAAAAGCAGCACCAGCAGGCCUUACGCAACGAAUACAACUUCGACCACCCGGAUGCGUUCGAUAUGGAACUCCUGAUACAAGUAUUGCAGAGACUGCGCGAAGGCAAGAAGGUGGAGGUGCCCAUAUACAACUACGUCACGCAUUCCCGCGAGAAUCGAACUAAGACAAUGUACGGCGCGAACGUGAUAAUCUUCGAGGGCAUACUGGCGUUCUACAACGCGCAGGUUGUCAGUAUGCUGGACAUGAAAGUGUUCGUGGAUACCGACGCCGAUAUUAGGCUGGCGAGGAGAUUACGAAGGGACAUAGUCCAACGCGGGCGGGACCUAGAGGGGGUCCUGAAACAGUACAUGUCGUACGUAAAGCCCGCGUACCAGAACUACAUAGCGCCGUGUAUGGCGCACGCCGACAUCAUCGUCCCCCGCGGGGGGGAGAACAAGGUCGCCAUACAACUCAUCGUGCAACACGUGCACAAGCAGCUGCAGUUGCGUGGUUUCAAAGUUCGCGAGAAACUAGCAGUGGCCCACGUGGGACAACCUGUACCCGACUCCCUGUUCGUACUCAAAGAUACGCCACAGGUGCAAGGUCUCCACACGUUCAUUCGCAACAAGGACACGGCCCGUGACGAGUUCAUAUUCUACUCGAAGCGUUUAAUGAGACUGGUCAUAGAAUUCGCUCUGUCACUGCAGCCCUACUCAGAACAGAAAGUCGACACACCGCAAGGAUUCACGUACACAGGUCGUAAAUGUGACGUGGAAAAGAUCUGCGGCGUAUCAAUACUACGCGCUGGGGAGACGAUGGAGCAGGCAGUUUGCGAUGUUUGCAAAGACAUACGCAUCGGGAAAAUACUUAUACAGACAAACCAACAGACCGACGAGCCUGAGCUCUACUACCUCAGACUACCUAAAGACAUAAAGGACUACCGCGUGAUCUUAAUGGACGCUACGGUAGCGACGGGCGCCGCCGCCAUGAUGGCCAUCAGGGUAUUACUGGACCACGAUGUGCCAGAACACAAUAUUAGCCUCGUGUCACUGCUUAUGGCAGAGAUCGGCGUGCAUUCUAUAGCAUACGCCUUCCCUAAGGUGAAAAUAGUGACCUCAGCCCUAGACCCGGAGAUAAACGAGAAAUUCUACGUAUUACCGGGUAUAGGCAACUUCGGCGACAGAUAUUUCGGCACGGAACCCUCCGACGAAGAGUGACCGCGACUCUAACCAUACUAUCAAUAAGCACGCAUUCUUACAGGCAAUCACUUGUCUUAAAUCUAAAAAAUAGCGUACCUACCGAUCGAAUUGAGAAAUUCCUCUUUUUAGAAGUCGGUUAAAAAAUAAUUAUCACUGAAUGGUGUCGAACCUGGAGAGAGGAGUCAAAUGCGACUUAAGUCACUUUCGACAUUAUCCGUAUUUUGAAUCUUUUUUUUUUAUUUAAUAUUCUCCCUUUUCAGGGAAGGCAAAGGUAACAAUGCCUAAACAGCCAAGUCUUAAGUUAUUUUAUUCUUCUUUUUUUACAUUAGAAUGUUGGUGUGACUCAUUCUAAUGUUACUUGGAGUGUUUGGCACGAAAUGUAUCGAGUUGGCUGUUCCGAUAAGCUUCUGUGAGGUAGUCAACACUACAAUAAAAUUCUCACUUCCACUUGACCGGAAUAGCGUAUAUUUUAAAGAUUCCACUAAUUCUUCAGUUGCGCAGACGGUUGUAACACAAAAUCACACCAAUUUUAUUUCACAAUAUCCACUAUGAACGAAUUUAAGAAUAAUUAAAAUAAGACGCCAACCGCACUCGAUGAAAUCCCGCCAAAAACUCUUUUUUGAAUCGUUUAUCUACAGUGUUACCAGUUUAAUACAAAAUAUUUAUUUUUAUUAAUUUCACGGAAAAAGAUGAAAAGCAGACAGCAUUACCGCUGUGUAAAAUAAACGUAUAAUUCUCACUAACUCAUUAUUUAAUCUUUGCCCUUUUUUGUUGUUGUUGGGUUUAUUAAAGUAUUUAAAGAGAACUGUAAAUGACUUGUACCCUAACUGAAAUAUUGGGUUUAAUCAAGUCGAUCAAGAGAGCUGUAAAUGACCUGCACUCUAACUGCAAUAUUGGGUCUAUUAAAGUCGAUCAAGAGAACUGUAUAUGACCUGUACCCUAACUGCAAUAUUGGGUUUAUUAGUCUAUCAAGAGAGCUGUAAAUGACCUGUACCCUAACUGCAAUAUUGGGUUUAUUAAAGUCGAUCAAGAGAGCUGUAAAUGGCCUGUACCCUAACUGCAAUAUUGCAGUUUUAAUACUGUUAAAUAAUAAUACUGCUAAAUUAAAUUAACUGCAUCGAAAGAUGCAGGCUGCGUUUAAAUAGAACUACACGACUCAAUAAAGUCAUACUGAUUAACAAAAACUGCGUUUGCGCAGCUUAUUAACAGUUAAAAAUGGUCUUCCUAUUAGAGACUUUAAUAAGAGUGUUUUCAUAAAUAUUUUUGUCGCUCCACUCUUUCUAUUGCACAAAAACGAUUUAUUUCUCAAGUGAGACAUGUGGUAUAAACCUAAUUAAUAGGUUUAACACAUUCACAACAUUUAUCUCAUUCUAAAUAAUUAGUUACUAUGCGUUAAAAAUAUAAAGAGUGAUGAUAAAAUACCUAAGUUUAUAUAUUUUAUACUCUAUGAUAAUCCCAGCAAUCUACGCCUAAACCUUUAUGGUUACCUAAAUAUUGUAUUAAAGAUAUUAUUUAAAAGUGUCUUCAAAGCAUAAAGAGUCAUCUCUCGCUGUAUAUAAAGCAUUUAUCAUAAUAAAACGCAUUCAUCAUAGUAAUGAUCUCCUAGUGUAAUGUCUGUAGGAAUGCGUGUACAAGAUGUCUUCUUAAGCUAGCACCUUAAUGUUUGUAUUCCUAAAUCUACUAUUUAUUUAUUAGAAUUUACAACAAUCGGAAACUGCAAAUAAAUAAAUGAAAAACACAUUAGGAAUGUUGUGCAUUUCAAAAUAAAUCUUAAUUAUUAAACAAUAGUGUUUAAUAUGGAGAUCGAUCAUUUAAUUGCAAUUUCGGAUUGAAUAUUCAAAGGUAUGUUGCUAUGCAUGAAAGAUAUGUCUUUUUUGUAGUCUAUUAGAGUCUGUGCGGAAAGAGAAUGGAAUUUAGAUUGGAGGGCGCUGUAAUGCUUUUCUACCGUAUUUGUAAGGUUUUACCCCUUUUAGACAUGAUUAAAUACAAAAAACCGCAAGAAAUCACAACAACAAACAAAUCCGUAUCAAUACAAAACUUUGACGUUUUACAGAUUGCUGGGUUUGAUUGCCAAAUAAAAAUCUUAAUGUUAGUUCCGUUUUUCGCCACGCCCAUUCUCUUUCCGCACAGACUCUACCAAACAUAUUUUGAUUGUUUAUGUGAUUAUGUGGUAUUUAUUUGUGUAUAUUAUGAAAUUAUUUUUAUCAGUGAUGCAAUGCGUAAUACUUAUUUUUAAUGUAAACAAUUUACAUGUGUUUUUAAAUUCAAAAUUUAUUUUAAAUCGAAGUGAAAUUAAAAGGAAAUCGUGGCUUUGGUUGUAAAGAAAAAAUAUCUAGUCGAAUCUAACGUACGAUUAAGUUUAGUUGAUAGGUCACUUACAUCUACCUACUAAACCUGUGUAUAACACAAUUCACAAAGUUGAACAAGCCAAAGCUUGUUUUGCAUUUGUUCACGAGCAUGACGCAUUUAAACAACGUAUGUUUUUAAGCUACAAUAAAAAAAGAAGUAAUACUUAUAGGUAAAUCUGCUAAAUCUCAGAUUAAUUGAUACAAGAUUUUGCUCACACAAUAUUGUCAAAUUGACAUUGUCAUUUUUCUUAAAUCAAGUUUUAGUUAAACUUAAUAUUUUGUUAUUAAAAUUUAUAUAUUAUGUCAAUUUAAUAUUAACAGAAGACCGAACCAAAGAAAUCAAAUGAAUUUUUUGUUCCUUUUAAAUAAAUAAAUAUACAUAGUUUGUAGAUUAAUUGAAAUUUAUUUAUUAAUAACUCUUCCAACAGCAUAAUGCAUUAGCCUUACCAUACAUAGCAACUUACCUAUUGUAAGUAUUACAAUUGUUUAAACGAAUA